GGAGAAAAGUGAAAGCCAACGCCCUACUGACAGUUCUUCUGCCCUGCCUUCUUCCCGCCUCAAGUAGCGAGCCCAGCUUGUGGAGACUGGCGCUACUGUGGUCGUGACUGACUUCUCCAAGCCGAGUCUGUGUUUUCUCUCAGUGUGUUUGUGUGUGGCGAGGACCUUAGUCUGCCUGCUAGCAAGACGAGCUAGUAGCUUUUGAGCGACAGUAGUGUUGCACCCUGGGACGGUCAAACUUCUGCCUCCAGUCAACACAACACUUGUCGGUGUGUCUCGGACUUGAACGCGGCGGUCCAAACCCUACAGAAGCAGAAUGGCGGAUACUUCUGCGUCCAAUUCUGGUGCCAGCUGCCUGGAUAAGCUGAAGAGUUACGUGAAGACCCAAAAAGGUUUUAUCAUCGCAGCAGAAAUACUCAUCAGUUUAAUCAUCAUCAUCUGCUAUGCCGUAUCCCACUAUGGAGGUUACUCGGCUGUCGCCAUCUGCGAGAUGGUCUUCGCCAUGGUCUUUUUUGGCAUCUUUAUGAUGGAGCUGGACAAGCAGAUUCAAGUAGUCAACUGGGUUUGGAGUGAUCUCUUCAGAGCCGGCAUUGGUGCAAUCCUUUACCUCAUCACUUCGCUCGUGUGUGUGAUUGGAGGAUCUGGGGACGGCGCUCGCAUUGCAGGCGGGGUAUUUGGUUUGAUCGCCGCUAUACUGUUUGCCUACGACACCUACACCAUCUUCUUACAAAUCAAGAGCACCAGGCAGCACACAGCAGCCGCCACUGAUGACAGAGUUUAAACGCUAAAAUGAGUGUCCCUCUGAGUAUGCAGCGUAACAACAAGAGGACCUUUGUGCAGAAGAGGGGAGGGGACAAAGGACAGUAAAAAUAACAGGUCACAAUUCUUUAUGAGCCGCGCCUUAAGAGAAGGAUGACGGUAUGGGCACCACACAUCUGUGCUUGCAUGUCAGUCUAUUUGAGGAAGGCCCCUCGCAAACCUCAUCGUGCCACUAAAACUCAAUGUGUUAACCUUUCUAAAAAGGGAAACCUGUAAGUGAUAGAGGCAAUGUAAAACUUUGCUUGAUGUCGUCCAGCAGCUUGUCUCAUAUGAAUUUCUACUUAAAAUGGACUACUAUAGUUGGUAGUAACUAUCAUUUCAACAUGUGUAUUGACGACUUAAGGGUUCUUUAACAUCAUACUUGCACACAAAAUGAAUGUGAUGUAUUUUCAUGAGGCUUCUCUUUUUUUAAGGCUUCUUUCAGCAGGUUUUAACCAAUUACCUUCUCUGUGGGCUCAAGUGUUUUUCUUAUUCUCGUCCAAUUUAACAUAUUUCAACAUAGUCAUUCUAAACUUCCAUCCAUCCAUUUUCUACCGUUUGUCCCUUUUAGGGUCGCGGGGGGUGCUGGAGCCUAUCUCAGCUUCAUUCACAAUCCUAAUUACUUGAAGUCAAGUACCUGCUUUCAUUUAGAAAUAUUAAACUGCCUCAGAUCAAACUGCUGGCGUCCACUCGCCAUUAACUAAUACUGUAUUGAAUUUAAAUGUGUCAUAAUUUUACCGUGAGGUUCUCUAUGUCCACCUAAUUUUAUGGUUCUGUUGCCAGCACAGUCAUAUAGUGCAAUAAACAUUUCUGUUUAUUUGCAUUGUCCAGCUGUACCCUGCAGUUUUUUCAGGCUUCUAUUCCCUUUCCCUGCGUCGUGACAGGACACAUGAAGAUAAUCAAUACGUGCAAAUUGUAUCUCCUAGUAUAAUGAUUGGAUUUAAAUAAUAAGAUUUGGAAAUGUGUAACUGUUACCUCAACUUCCUGGUUGGUGUUUUGUUUCAGAAAAUAUCGCCUGUUUGUGCUUUUUAACAUGCCUUACAAGAGUGCUCAAUCACAAUGUAAUAUCACAAGUCAAAGCAGUUGUUAUGGGAAAUAAAAGCCAUUGUUGCAACAAAGGAAAA